AAAUCUUAAGCAAGCAAGGAUUCGUAAUAUUGGGACUUUUUUGAAGAUCUGGAUUCUGGAGCCUCAGUUCUAGAGAGAGAAAUCGAAUAAUUUUAAUUCUGCAUUGAAAGUCGGCGUGGUUUCUGAAUUUUGAUCAUAAUCACAAGCGUGUCGAGGUUGUAAUUCAAAAUCAAUAUCAAAAUCGAAAUUCCAAACCACAAAUUCUGCAAAGUGUGGGUACAGAUCGAUGCCGGGGAAUCGGAAGUUUUCGAGAAUUGAUUCCACGUCCGACGGAGUUGUAGCUAGUUGAUUUUGGCAGAGGCAAUGAGACGGGUAAAGGUGGAAGAGAGUGAUGGAAAUGGUGAUGAGCGGGGAUCCUACCCGGAUCGGCCGGGUGAACCCGAUUGCAUUUACUAUUUGCGGACGGGGUCUUGUGGCUAUGGGAGCAAUUGUCGUUUUAAUCAUCCCUCUAGUGCAGGACAAGUUUAUGGUGUUAAAGCCGGCAGUGAGCUUCCCGAAAGGGCUGGACAGCCGGAUUGUGGGCACUAUCUAAAGACGGGCACCUGUAAGUAUGGGUCGACCUGUAGAUAUCAUCAUCCCAAGGAUAGAAAAGCUGAUUUCUUGUUGAAUAUGUUGGGAUUACCAAUGCGUCAGGACGCAAAGCCUUGUCCUUUUUAUAUGCGCACAGGGUUAUGUAAAUAUGGAUAUGCUUGCAAGUUCCAUCAUCCCCAACCUACAUUAGCUGCUCCAAAUGCGGUACCUGUAAUGGGACCCGUUUAUGGUUCGGGCGGCUCUGCAGUAGUUUCUUCAUCUGGCGUAUCAUCUGCAACUUUUUCAGGAGCAUCCUUGUCAAAGGCAACCUAUUUUGCUAGCUCACUCCAAGUUCCACAAAGCUACAUGCCCUUAUUUCUACCUCAACCGCAAGGAUGGAACACCUAUAUGGGAAACGCCAAUCCACUGCCUGUCACUAGUGUCCUAACUGGUCCAGUACCAAAUGGGCAGCAAUCUGUCUCUUAUCUUCCAGAAAGAUCGGAUCAGCCAGAAUGCCGUUAUUUCAUGGAACACGGGAGUUGUAAAUACGGAUCCGAGUGCAAAUAUCACCAUCCCAGAGAAAAACUCUCACCAUUAGUUUCAACUUCUGUCAUCCCACUCGGGCUUCCUCUAAGACCCGGUCAGCCUGUGUGUUCGUAUUAUAGUCUCUACGGAAUAUGCAAUUACGGCCCUGCCUGCAGAUUCGACCACCCAGUUGACAGGCACAACUACGCAUACAGCCUCCGUGUCCCUCCAACGGCCUUUGCUUACCCGGCCCCGGCCCCAUAUCAGAGAAUAGCGUCCCAGUUGCCCGUAACCGACGUCUCGCCAGCCAAAUCAUCCAAGUUGAGUGACUGGAUUAAGAAGGAAACAACUGCAAGCAACAAGCAUCAUCAAAACUCAAACACCAAGAGCCUUGGGGAGUCACUCGAGCAGUCAGAUUCGAAGGCCUCGUCCGAUGUUCUUCACGACGAGUCUGACUGACGCGCUGUGGCACAGCCGGCUGUAACCACUCUGUGGUGGUCUAUUUUUGGCUGAUUUUUUUUCUUGAACUCUCUUACCUUUUGAAAGGUAUAUUUCUGUGAUACCUUUGUUUGAAUACUUACUCCCGCGUUAUAUUUUUUUAUGCCAAUAUUUAUUGGUUUUUUCUCUUAAACUCUUUUUUGGUGAAAGAGCUUAAAAGAAAGAGUUGAUCAAAUGGUUAA